GGGCGCCGACGCCAGGCGCUGGCCGUGGUGCUGAUUCUAUCGGGCGCUGGCGGCGGCGGCGGCCCCGCUCCCCGUCUCCCGCUGGCCCCGGCUCUGUCCCCGCGCCCACUCCCUGCCGAGUCCCCAGCCCUCCCGCCGCGGCCCCGGACCGGGGCGCGGCCACAGCCGGCACCAUGCGCCCGGCAGCCGCGCUGCUCCUGCCCUCGCUGCUGGCACUCCUGGCUCACGGACUCUACUCAGAGGCCCCAACCACUGGUGAAGGACAAGCCCCAGGCAUUGGGGAGACAGAUGGGGAAUUAACAGCUGCCCCUACACCUGAACAACCAGAACGAGGUGUCCACUUCAUCACAACUGCUCCGACCCUGAAGCUGCUGAACCACCAUCCAAUGCUAGAAGAAUUCCUACAAGAGGGACUGGAGAAGGGAGAGGAGCUGAGGCCAGCACCUCCCUUCCAACCUGACCGUCCUACACCCUUCACUCCAAGUCCCCUCCCUCGUCUGACCAAUCAGGACAGCCGCCCUGUCUUCACCAGCCCCACUCCAGCUACAGCUGCAGCACCCACUCAGCCCCAGUCCAGGCGGGGCCCCUGGAGCCUGGAGUCAGAGCCCCCUGCACUUCAUGUCACAGCGCCUUUGCCUCCAGGACCCAGCAUGGCAGUGCCCACUCCAGGCCCAAAGGAGAAACCACACACUAUGCUCCCUGGCAGGGCAUGGACUGCAACCCAAGAAGGUCCAGGUGACAUGGGCAGGCCAUGGGCUCCAGACAUCAUGUCCCAGACCACUGGACUCAGGCUUGAUGGGACCACUGCCACCUCCACAGCUUCAGGGGAUGAUGAGGAGACCACCACCACUACCACCAUUGUCACCACCACCAUCACUACAGUCCAGACACCAGGCCCUUGUAGCUGGAAUUUCUCAGGCCCAGAGGGCUCUCUGGACUCCCCCACAGCCUCCAAUUCACCCCUAGAUGUCGGCCUGGAUUGCUUCUACUACAUCUCUGUCUACCCUGGUUAUGGUGUUGAAAUCAAGGUCCAGAACAUCAGCCUCGUGGAUGGGGAGACAGUGACUGUGGAGGGCCUUGGGGGGCCGGACCCACUGCCUCUGGCCAACCAGUCUUUCCUGCUGCGGGGCCAAGUCAUCCGUAGCCCCACCCACCAAGCAUCAGUGAGAUUUCAGAGCCUUCCACCACCUGCUGGACCUGGCACCUUCCAUUUCCACUACCAAGCCUAUAUUCUGAGCUGCCACUUUCCCCGACGUCCAACUUAUGGAGAUGUGACAGUCACUAGCCUCCAUCCAGGAGGGAGUGCCCGCUUCCACUGUGCCACUGGCUACCAGCUGAAGGGUGCCAGGUUUCUUACUUGUCUCAAUGCCACUCAACCCUUCUGGGAUUCCCAGGAGCCCAUCUGCAUUGCCGCCUGCGGUGGGGUGAUCCGCAAUGCCACCACUGGCCGCAUCGUCUCUCCUGGCUUUCCGGGCAACUACAGCAACAACCUCACCUGCCACUGGCUGCUUGAGGCUCCUGAGGGCCAGCGGUUGCACCUGCACUUUGAGAAGGUGUCGCUGGCAGAGGAUGAUGACAGGCUCAUUAUUCGCAACGGAGACAAUGUGGAGGCCCCGCCUGUGUACGAUUCCUAUGAGGUGGAGUACCUGCCCAUCGAGGGCUUGCUCAGCUCUGGCCGACACUUCUUCGUGGAGCUCAGUACUGACAGCAGUGGGGCCGCUGCCGGCAUGGCCCUGCGCUAUGAGGCUUUCCGGCAGGGCCACUGCUACGAGCCUUUCGUCAAAUAUGGCAACUUCAGCAGCAGUGCGCCCUCCUACCCAGUGGGCACCACUGUGGAAUUCAGCUGCGACCCUGGAUAUACCCUUGAGCAGGGCUCCAUCAUCAUCGAGUGCGUCGACCCCCACGACCCCCAGUGGAAUGAGACGGAGCCGGCCUGCCGAGCUGUGUGCAGCGGGGAGAUCACGGACUCGGCGGGUGUGGUGUUGUCCCCCAAUUGGCCGGAGCCCUACGGCCGUGGGCAGGACUGCAUCUGGGGCGUCCACGUGGAAGAGGACAAACGCAUCAUGCUGGAUGUCCGAGUGCUGCGCAUAGGCCCUGGCGACGUGCUUACCUUCUAUGAUGGGGAUGACCUGACAGCGCGGGUGCUGGGCCAGUACUCAGGGCCCCGCGGCCACUUCAAGCUCUUUACCUCCAUGGCUGACGUCACGAUCCAAUUCCAGUCGGACCCUGGGGCCUCCGUGCUAGGCUACCAGCAGGGCUUUGUCAUCCACUUCUUUGAGGUACCCCGCAAUGACACAUGUCCGGAGCUGCCUGAGAUCCCCAAUGGCUGGAAGAGCCCAUCACAGCCUGAGCUGGUGCAUGGCACCGUGGUCACUUACCAGUGCUACCCUGGCUACCAGGUGGUGGGGUCCAGUGUCCUCAUGUGUCAGUGGGACCUAACCUGGAGUGAAGACCUGCCUUCCUGCCAGCGGGUGACUUCCUGCCAUGACCCUGGGGAUGUGGAGCACAGCCGACGCCUUAUAUCCAGCCCCAAGUUUCCUGUGGGGGCCACUGUGCAGUACAUCUGUGACCAGGGUUUUGUGCUGACGGGAAGUGCCAUCCUCACCUGCCAUGACCGCCAGGCUGGCAGCCCCAAGUGGACUGACCGGGCCCCCAAAUGUCUCUUGGAACAGCUUAAGCCGUGCCAUGGCCUCAGUGCCCCUGAGAAUGGUGCCCGCAGUCCUGAGAAACGGCUUCACCCAGCAGGGGCCACCAUCCACUUUUCAUGUGCUCCUGGCUAUGUGCUGAAGGGCCAGGCCAGCAUCAAGUGUGUGCCCGGGCACCCCUCACACUGGAGUGACCCCCCACCUACUUGUAGGGCUGCCUCUUCAGAUGGGUUCUACAGUGGCCGCAGCCUGGAUGUUGCCAAGUCACCUGCUUCCUCCAGGACUCUGGAUGCUGCCCACAUUGUAGCUGCCAUCUUCUUGCCACUAGUGGGGAUGGUGUUGUUGGUGGGAGGCGCAUACCUCUACUUCUUCAGGCUCCAAGGGAAAAGCCUCUUGCAGCUGCCCCAGACACGGCCCCGCCCCUAUGAUCGAAUCACCGUUGAGUCAGCAUUUGACAAUCCGACUUAUGAGACCGGAUUUCUUUCCUUUGCAGGAGACGAAAGAAUAUGAGGUCUCCAUCUAGGUGAAGGCGGUCUGGAGAAGCUGUCUCAGCUCUGUGUCAUGGCCCAGCCACGGGGCCCCUGGUUUUCUGCUGUCCUUCCACCUCCUGUACAUACCAUCUGGGAAGAGAUGCCACCAGACCCUCAACAAGUUGUGCCCUUCCCCACCUGUAAUGCCGACCACCACCUAUUUCCUUGGUAUCACUGCCCACGUUAGGGCCCUUACUUGGGUCCAAGUC